AUGUCAAAGUAUCCCGAAGUUCAAGUAGUCCUUGGAUGGGAACCAGCCGACGCGAGCACACAACCCUUGGAAGAUUACAUGUAUCGUUGGGGAGAAUCCACACCAGAUCCAGCGUUUGAGGAUGGCAAAACCGCCUUUUGCGUCUACACAUACGAGCAGCCAAAUGACCUUGAAUCCGUAAUAUCGCAGAGCUUCAGGAUCCUGCGGACAGUAUUGGACAUGUAA